AUGGGGAACAAGAUCUCUAGGUGUAAGAUGGAGAAUCCGCUGAAGGACGUUCUCAAGGCCAAUGGUACCCCGUUAAAGACGAAAACGGCUCAUACCUUUUUAAGAGAAGUGGCUAAAAUAGCUCCCUGGUUCAUAGAUGAAGGGCUCUUAAAUAUGCCUCAGUGGGAGCACUUAGGAGAAGAUUUGAUAUGCUGCCCAUCGGUGACCCCGGGAACUCUUGCUGUUUGGUCAUUGGUAAAGGUAUACCUACAGUCCACUAGAGAGCCCUUAAAACAGGCGGUACAACAGGGAGGAGAGGUUCUGGAACAAGUAAGGGAGGAAUCUCGUAAGGGGUCCUCUAAGGAUUCUGACCCCGGGAGUGAGAGCUCGGAAGGACUUUCAGAUAAUGAGUUACAAGAGAAAGGGGAGAAGGAAGAUUUAGAAAUCAUACGGCAACAGUUUGAGAGCAAGGAGACGGGGUUACAGAAGAUGUUGGAGGAAUUAAAAAUGCAGAGGGAGGUCAUGACGCAGCUGAAGGCCAAAGUGCAGGCUGAAGCGGCGACACAGCCAGAAUUGAAAGCAGGAGUCACUGAUAAGGCGCAACUGGAAUUGGAGGCAAAUGUUACGCCGCCUCCGCUUUCAAACCCCUCAGCGCCGCCCUGUGAAUGGCCCCCCCCCUAUCGGCCCAGCUGCGCCAAGACAUGUCAUUGUUCAGAGUGUAAGGCACAAAGCUGGAGAGAAGUCCUUGGCCCGGGAAAAGGCUUUUUUCCAGUGUUAGAAGAUCAAAAUCAGCAGAGGUACCACCAGCCACUAGAUUUUAAGUUGGUAAAACAGCUUAAAGAGGCAAUCAGUGCCUAUGGACCUCAGGCCGCCUUUACAGUUUCCUUGGUGGAGUCACUGGGGGCAUUAUUCCUUAUACCAGAAGAUUGGGCCAAUCUUACUAGAGCAGUCUUAAGUGGAGGACAAUAUUUAGAAUGGAAGAUUCAAAAUCAAGACAACUGUCAGGAUACAGCACGGAGAAAUGCAGCUGCAGGUAACCCGCAGUGGGACCUAGACAUGCUCACAGGUGCAGGGCCAUAUCUUGGGGCCCAGGCUCAAAGUGUUUAUCCUCCUGCGGUAUACCAGCAGACUAGCCUUAGCAGCAGCAUCUCCGUCUGCCCACGGGUCCUGUCCCUGUGCUUUAAUAAACCACCAUUUUGCACCAAAGAUGUCUUAAGAAUUCUUUCUUUAGUCGUCAGCUCCGAACCUCACCCCACCGAACCUGACUUAGGUUCUAGAACUUCAUCAUUUUUGGCGAGCCAGCCAGGAGAUUCAUGAGUCUUUACAUUUGGACUCUGAGCUUCGGUGCAAAAUUGGUGGCACCGAGGUUCCCUCUGUGUUUUCCCACAGGAUGCGCCUGCUCCACUCUGGGUGCCGGAACGCCUCACCAGGCUAGUGGCCGUGAAACCUGUGGAGGAUGCUGGUGAUGAUGAUGAUAGCGACGACGACUGUCCUGCAGCCUGUUCCCAUGAAGGCGGAGCCAGUUCAACUGUGGCCGAGACAAGAGACUGCCCAGCUUCAGCCCCUUUUUCAAAUAGCUCAGCAUAGAGUGCAUUUUUCUCACCCGAACUCAUGUUUGCUACUGAUGCUUAUCUUAAUGCAACAGGUGUUGGCAGCCCAGGGCUCAUUAUAUUGGGCAUACGUCCCCGAUCCACCCCUAUAGCUCAUAACAACUUAUCCUUAGCAGUUAACUGUUGCUCAGCUUGCUGAAAACUUUGUAAACUCCUUGUUUUCUCACUUCCCUUCCCUGACGCAUGCUUGGUAUGUCGUAGGAACAAUUAUAGGAGUGUUAGUGGUAAUUGUUCUUUUCAUGUGCUUCUUGCCCUGUGUAAUUAAAAUCAUACUCGCA